ACAUAGCAGUGCAUGAGUCCAUGCGCGCGAGGAUCCCUAGCGUGCAAGUACCUGAACCGUGUACAUUAACAAGUCUAAUGAACUGAUAAUGUACUAGCUUAGCAUGACAAUCUUUGAAAGUAACAGCACUUAAUGAAUAUUUGUCAUUAUGAAGAGUAAAUAUCAGUGGCAGGUUAACUAAGCUAAGGCUUAAGUCAGUUAUAAUACUACGUUUUCUUGCUGUAACAAAGACCUCUAAGCUUGUUCAGAAUCUGAAUGGCCUCUUCUAUGGACAAGGAAUCAAAAUCAAGGCCUAAAGGUGAUGGCAGUCUCGAUCAGAAAAUCCGUAACAUCGAGAGGUUUUCAAAAAAGAAACCAGCUUCAAAACCAAAUCGGCCUUUUUCGGCAACAGAUAUAAUGUUGCUGAAGCCUUACGAUGAAGAGGAAGGACAUAGCAGCGCGAGAGCAUCACCGAGGAAGGAACUUUUAAAGAAAUAUUUGCGACCAAGAAGUGUAAGUUUCCACCCGGAUGUCAGACUCUUCUACGCGUCCACUACCAACGAUUUAAACGAAGUAAAGACGCUAAUCGAGGCAGGGAUGGCUGAUGUUAACGCCAAAAACCCUGCUGAAGGAGCCAGUGCGUUGCAUGGUGCAGCCUUCGAAGGCAAUGAUGAGUGUGUCACAUAUUUACUUCAGUCUGGUGCUAGAGUGAACUCUAGAGACGACGAUGGUUGGACCCCACUUCAUGCAGCAGUAUGCGGGAAAAAUAUCAAAUGUGUGGAGUUGUUAUUAGAAGCGAAAAGCAAUUCGUUCGCAGAGAACUCUGAUGGCUACACACCGUUUCAAAUGGCCAUAGAACUAAGGGAUGAAAAACUACUUUCGUGCUUUUUCAAGUAUAUUGGAGACAUGUUUGGCGAUAAAACGGUCCCUGAGACUUGCGUAUAAGAGUGAUUAACCAUGUGUGAGUUUUAAUUGAAAUUUGGCACUCGUUCUUUUCACCUUUUAUUAUGACGACAAUUACUGAGCAAAUAAAUCCGAAUUGAAAUGGAACGCUAUGUCGAGAAGUUAACCAAAACAAUCCGAACAAAAUUUGUUUGUUUAACCUGAGUCACUCGCAUAAGAGCGAAUAGGAAUCUUUUUGUCAAGUAUAAAAAAGAUUAUGAUCAGCGCUAAGAAACAUUAGGAGGAUUUCGAAUGUCAAUCAAAAAAUGUUCUUAAUGUUAUUCUGUGAUUUUCUCUAAUACUUAUGAAUAUCCAAAGAAAGAGCGGCGUAGAAAGUGCUUAUGCUUAAUGAUCGUUUCGUAAUUUAUUAGCCUGAAAACUUAUCAACCUUGAAGUCUGUUUUAUCUGCUGAACAAAGCUAUUUUAGUAUGCAUUUUGACCGCACAGAAUGGCCCAGAAAUCCGACAAAAAUCCGACAGAAAUCAAGAAGCCCCACCGAAAAUCUUAAGAGAUAUURAUUAUAUUUUGAAAACGAUCUCAUUAUGAGUGAAUUGGUAUAUUUUGUCUUGUAAUUUCUAGAGGUCAAACUGAGACAAAUUUUUAUUCAAUUUAAUUCUAUUAUUAGUGCAACGCUCUAAAUAUCUAAUAACAGUCGCGGUAAAGGUGGAUAAAAAGGUUUUAAAUCCUUGUUGAAUAUAUAUACAUAUCCAUUAUAACGGUUUUUAAUUUUAAUAUGUAGACAAUAUGUCAAAAGCUUUUUUUACAUUCAGUUGCUGUCACAUAAAUGGUGUUGAGUCAAUGGUGUACUGGUGAAAUUUCUGUCAUAGAUUAAUGUAUAAAAGUCUGCAGGUCAGCCUGUAAAUCUGUAAUAUUACCAGAAAUCAGGGUUAUUUUUGGAUGACCCAUUUAUCAGUUGUCAGUUCCUUGAUGGAUAUGGUUCUUAAACGCAGUCGCGGGUCAGUUUAGAUAAAUAUUGCCAAUAGACCGUUAA